AUGAAGGAACCCUUUAUUCUGGUGCCAAGCUUUGACCGUGAUACCAAUAGCGAUGCCAAGACGCGUUCAUCUGGCGACAGAGACACUGAUCCCAAGAGGCAGGGAAGGAAAUCCUGGGAUAUCUGCCAGAAAGGGAUCAUGAGAACGGAUGGCGGAGGAGGGCAGGGUCCCCUUGCCCAGAGGAUAAUCGACCGUGAACACUGUCACAUCAUCAUCAAAGAAUACCUGAAGGACUUCCAGGACCCCUUUCAGCUCCGGGACCGGGUCCUGGAAGCCCUUGGGGACGUGGUCUUAGUGGCGCCUGCUGUCCUUGCUGCCCGGCACCAUCGGGACGCCGGCCACCCGACCUACGUCUAUGAGUUCCAGCACAGCCCCAGUUGGCAGGCGGGCCUGAGGCCGGACUUUGUUCAGGCGGACCACGGCGAUGAGCUUUUCUUUGUCUUUGGGAAGCCCUUCUUAGCAGGUGAAGGCACUGACAAAGAGAGAAACCUUAGCAAAACAAUGAUGAAAUACUGGGCCAAUUUUGCUCGCAAGGGGGAUCCCAAUGGGGCCGGUCUAGUGGCCUGGCCCUCUUACAGCCAGGAGGAGCAGUACCUGGACAUCGGCUUGAAGCAAAGGGUGGCCAAGAAGCUGAAAGAGGGGCGGGUUCGCUUCUGGAGCCAGACCUUGCCUGAAAAAGUCGCAGAAGGGAGAGAGGGGCACAGGGAGCUCUGAGCCCUUCCCAGUCCUCCUUCCCCCAUUGGGGCCCCCUGCCCCCCCCCCCAAAUAGGCUUCUCUGCAUCUGUGUCCAUCGAUCGCAGCCAGGUUCCAGAAGGAACAGAUGCCAGGAGAGGGGGUGCAACACUGGAUUUGGUACCUUUGAAUGACUUCUUUGCUUUUCUGGAGAAAGGUGAAACACCACCCCCUCUUUUUUGGAACUCGUUUCUGUUCAAUCCGCUUCUUUCCAAAGCUGGAAGGAUGUCUUCGAUGCUUCCGGUUUCUGUGUGUAACGGGAUCAGGCCAAGCAAUGCUUCGUCUUUUGAAAGCUUUUCAUAAGUAAUGAAUAAAAAGAUACCAUAUUAUUA